AUGCACGCGCGGCCCUUAUCGCCAAGCCGCUGCCCGCCCGCGCAGCUGGAGCAGCCCUCGUCGACCUCUCGCCGGCUCCGCAGCGCCAACACGCUCAACCACGGCGGCGCCUCGCUCUCGCUCGACACCGGCCGCGACGGGCUCGGCGGGCUCGGUAUAGCGCUCCCGCACCGAGGAGCGUGGGUCGGCGCAGGCGAGGCGCACGAGGAGCGCCGUUCGGGCCCUGCUGCGAGGCGCGAGGCCAGCGGAGGCAGCACGGCGAGCCUGCACGGCUGCGCGAGCGACUCGGCCUACGGCACGCUCGACGAGCUCGACCCGUCGCGUGGCGAGGACGACGAGGACGAGGCCGGCGAGGACCCGCUGUCGUGGGCGAGCGAGCGCGGGCCGGCGUGGCGGGACCGAGUCGAGGCGUCGUUGACCGAGCGCUCGCGGCGCAGGGUCCAGUCGGCCGUCGCGGCAGACGGGUGGCAGCUGCGCGACGGCGUGCGAGGGGGCGACGCGGGCGACGGCCUGUACUGGCGGCGCACGCUCGGCGCGCCGUCGAGCCAGGGCAACACGGCCUCGUCGUCGCCCGACGUCGCGCACGAGCCCGUCUUCACGUUCGACCUCGCCUACGACGCCGACUCGUCGUUCGACAGCCUGCACUCGCUGUGCUCGCCGUUCGCGGCCCGGCCGUCGGCGCCCGCGUCGGGCUGCAGCUCGCGCUCGUCGCCCGAGCCGAGCGAGUACGGCGAGUCCGACUCGGCCGCGACGCGCCUCACGAUGGCGAGCAGGCGCCGCUCGGCGGCGUUCCUCGGCGGCGAGACGGCCGAGGAGCUCACGACGAGCUUCCUCGCGAGGCGGCACACGUUGCCGCGCCGGCACAAGGCGCGCGAGGUUGGGCGCAAGCCGUCGCACGGCUCGUUGAGGAAGAGCAGUCGCUCUUCGCUGUCGAUGAGCGAGUCGGACGCGGCCAUCCUCGCUUCGACGCCCUCCUCGCCGACCAACUGGCCGUCCCUCCCCUUCCUCUCAACCACCGUCCUCCUCGCCACCUGCAUCGUGUCGGCCGCCUCCCUCAUCUCGCCCGUCGCCCUCGUCGUCCCCAUCUCACCGGUCCACCUUCGACACGCCACCUCGUCGCGCGAGAUCGCCACCGAGCUCGCCAACGCCGCCAUCGCACCCUUUCUCGUUCAGCCGUCCCUCCCGUCGUUCGCCCUCGCCGCGAUCAACCUCUACCUCGUCCAGAACCUCGACAAGACGACUACUUCGACGUCUCGUCGAGCAAAAGGCGCCCUCGCGGCGGCGCUCUGGGUCGCCAUCGUGGGCCUGCGCCUCCUCGCGAGCUGGAUCUUCGGGCGCGUGCUCGGCUGGGCCCACCCGCAGUUCCUCUCGACUCGCGCCAUCCACGAGGCCGGAGCAGGUCUCGCGCCGGUCCUCCUCGCCCUCUUCCUCGUCCACCUCGCCACCUCGCGCCGCAGCGACACCUUCGCCUCGACGUCGACCCUCCUUGGCGCAAGCUUCCUCGUCCCCGUCUCUCACGGUGGCGCCGGGCUGUGGCUCGGUGCCAGCGCCGCCCUCGUCGGCGUCAUUGCCGCGCUCGGCAUCACGGGCUGGCGCGCCGCCACCGCCACCCCUUCCACUCGGCCAACAUCCGCAUCCGCAUCGACGCCUGCCGCAGCCGCCUCGCCGGCGCCAUCCGCAUCCCGCAGCUGGACCUCGACCUUCCUCGCCCUCAUCCUCGUGCCGUCCCUCGCCCUGUAUCCCUCGACCGCGCGCACCCUGUCGCCAGCCUCGACCGACAUCGCCUUCUCGCAACUACACCCUGCCGACCCGACUCUCGUCACGGUCCUCCUCAUGACGGCGCCCCGGCCCGGCGACCCCGACUUCCUCGUCCAGACGAUCGAGUCGUGGCUCGGCGCCUUCCCCGACGUCGACUCGUCGUCGUCCGCCGUCGUCGGCAACGUGUCGUCCACCCUGUCGAGCACCGCCGAGUCGGCGCUGCCCUUGCCGACCUCGUCCCGCCUCCGCCUCGUCAUCUACACGCACUUUGCGACCCACCUCAUGUUCGACCUCGCGCGCCAACACUUUGCCUCGAGCACCAAGGCGGCACACUACAUCUCGUGGCAGCGCGACCCACGAGCGCUCGCCCCGGGCGCGCACGACCGCCUCGACCAGCGCCUGCACGUCGCUCGAGGCCUCACGCACGCCGCCGAGCUCGGCGGCGCGUACGUCCUCCUCACCGAGGACGACUUUCCGCUGUGCGAGGACGAGCGCCCAGUCGGCGACGAGGGCGCGAGGAGCUGGACGGGCGCAUGGGCUAAGCUCCAGGCCGCGCUCGUCGCGACCAACGAGCUCAUGCCCGACGCGCCCGCCCUUGACGGCGGCAUCGCGACCGAGGCCUCGAUGGGCCACUGCGGCCUGUUCCUGGCGACGGGCGGCUCGGGCCUCGCGAUCCGCACGCCGCUCGCCGCCCGGCUCCCGGCGCUCCUCCUCGGCGCCGACGACCCGCACGGCGACGAGCGCGAGGCGGCCGCCGCUCGAGGCGAUCUCGAGCUCCGCCACGAGGGCGACGGCGCCGACACGCCCGACUUGGUCAUCCAGGACUGCCUGCGCGGCCGGCUGCCCGAGUGCGCGAUCUGUGCGCCCGGCGGCGGACCGGCCGUCACGAGCGGGCGCAGCGCGAGGCGCCCGAGCAGGUGGGACGGCGAGAAGAGGGGCAAGAGCGGGCUCGCUGGGAUCGAGCGGCUCCUGCAGCGGCACCUCGGGUACAACGCGAGCACGCUGCCCGGCCGCCAGUACGGUCGCGAGGAGUGGGCGUGCGGGUGGCGCCAGCCCUUUAACGGCGAGCCCGACGUCCUGACGGUCUGAGCGCACUCGACGUCGCCGGCCCCCUCCCCUUCCUCUUCUCCCUCCCGCUCUACAGACACUACACGCCGCAUACGCCUAUCUAUCGCGUCGACAUCGCCCUGCGCGUCGCCGACCCUCGCCUCGUCGUGCCUUUCUGUACCCCCUUCCCCCGAGUACAUCCUGUUGUUCCCUCCUCGUCAUCUCCUCUUUAUCCCGUAGCACGUUCGGCUCCCCUCUGCAUUAUGGCAAAGCGGCGGUUGGACAGUGC